AUGGAUGGCGUCGACCCGCAAGAGCGCGAGCGAAAGUCGCGAUCGCACACGUCGAGGCCGAACAUGCCGGACAGGGAGCGCAACAGCGGCUCGGACCGGCACUCGAACCGUGAUCGACGAAGAGAGCAAGAGUCCGAACGCGAGCGGCUCGAGCGUGAGAGGGAGCGAGAGAGAGAACGGCUUCGCGAAUCGGAGAGGGAUCGCGAGAUGAUGAUUGCACGGGAGAACGAGGAGGCGAGGUUGAUCUGGCUCUCACUGCCUGGCAACGAUCAUCCGCAGUACUAUACCGAUACCGACUCGGACUCGUGCUACGGCGAUGGCGGCGUCGGCAUCUACGGCACGGACGAAGAAGACAAGGAUCUGGACCCGCCGCCGCCGCUCGCGAUGCAAGAGCAUUACCCUCCUCCUUCCACUUCCACUCGCCUCGCCGCCGGCAGCAAGAGAAAGAGUCCUGCCCGUGCGCGCAGCGAUGCGUAUGGCAGCGGGCCGCAUGACGCAGGUCCUAGCCGUGCGCACGCCAAGCGCAGGGCCCUCGCCGCCGCCAUCAGCCCAGACUACGACCUUGCCAUCCCGGCUCUACCGCUAGACGCACAGACGCGGGGCAUGAUCAGCAUCGACGACUUCCCCGUCAUCGACUCGUCGAUCCGCGGCGAGCCCGAGCAUCGGCCCCUGUUCAACCGCGACGCGACCUUCGGCCACUACGAUGACGACGACGACGACGACGACGAGUCGCUCCCAACUUCCGACUCCGACGAGGAAGCGUCGAGGAUCGCGGCCGAGCGCAAACGGCGACAUGGCAACCGUGUGGGCAAUCGUGGCAACAAGCUCAGCCGAGCCAAGGGGGUGCGCUGGCAUCGGCGUGGCAAGCUUGGCGGAUGGACCGAAGCCCGGAUGGAGAAGGAGAUUGGCGACCGCGUCCGCCACCGCAUCGAGACGAUGCAGAAGGACAGCAUCCGAGCGCUCGUGGCGGCGAUGCCGGCCGAGGAUAAGAAGAUGCUGGAGCAAUUCCCCGCCCUGCGCGAUGGCCUCCUGCCCGCCGAGGCGCAGUCGAACGGGGCUGUGGUGCGGGAUGUUCGGGGCCGCCUUCUGCCUUCCGAUCUCUCCGAGGCAGCGCGCCUCGAUGCGCAACUCGGCCUCGGACCGGGAGCCGCGCCCACGCUGGCCGACGGCUCCUUUUCGGAUGGCUCUGAACGCCUCACCUCGACGCUGCUCGCGCCGACGCUGUUGAAGCCCGCGGUCACGGCCCGCCAGCUGCUUACCAGCCAUACUCUGCGCCACACCUUCCGCAACCCGCACAUCGGCGCGCUCGGCAAGACGGCGCUCGACCUCAUCGAAAGCGAAGGCGUGCUCGGCCGCGCCAUCGGACGGUGCUGGUCCUCGAUGGAAAGGGGCGGCUGGAAUGUCGACCCGGAGCCCCAGGUCAACGCCGCCGAAGAUGAGAUGGACGUCGAGGAAGCAGGGAUCAACGGGCAAGCCGACGGCAGCAGCGACGACGAUGGCCGCGAGGUGCUCGCAUCGCUCACCUCGAACCCGGCGCUUCAGCAUCUCGACGACUUGUUCGUCACCAGGGCAGGUCUGGCCGUGCCGAGGCUGGACGAGGUUGGGCAGCCCAUCUUUGAGCAGGAUGACCCGUCCGACCCUUCGAGUGCUGCCGGUCCCGACGGGCCACCCCCCGAGCCGCGCCUGGCCACGACGCUGCUCCCCGCGAUGGAGCAGCGAGCAGUGGUGCUGGCGGCGCUCGAGUGCCUGCACGAGCUGGCCGCCGACUCGCGCGAGUACGUCGAGAGGCUCGAGGAGGUGCGCAGCCGACUGGCCACCAUCAAGCGUCGUCGGGCCGAGGUGUGGGCGGCGGUGCGCGAAUGGGCCAUCGACAAGGAGGAAAAGGGCGAGGGCGAACAGACCUUCCACCCCGUCGCUGCCAUUGCGCCUGCAGCAAGUGGAGCCGACGCCUCGUCACUCGCACCGGGCGGCGACAAGGACGGCGUUGCUACGGCUACCGGUACUCUGACCGCCCCGGCAGGAGCGCGGGGAGAGAACGGGAUGCAGACGCCCACGUCGUCGGGCGGGACGAGCGGCAAGGCGGCCAAGGGCGGAACCACCACCGCGACUGCCGGCAGCAAGGCGAGGAAGAAGACGACCAAGGCCGCCGCAGCGUCGUCGGCGGCGGCGGGCACGUCUUCGGCCGCGGGUGACAAGGCCCGAGCAGCCUCGCCCCCGCCGCCUCCACCAGGCCGCAGCACCGUUACGUCGGCGCUCGCCGGCGUCGCUUUCACCUCGUCCAGUUCCUGA